CGCGGCGACGUCGGCGACGCGCGCGCGCGAGGGGCGUCGAACGGCGCGAGCGCUCGCGGAUACGGUGCGUGAGUUAGGACUUCGCGCGAUGGCGUCGCGCGCGCGGACGGAAGGGCGUCGCGCGGACGGGGGCGCGGCGCGGACGGACGAUGGCGCGUGCGCGCGGAGGUCGACCGCGGGCGUCGAUCUCGCGCGCGCGCGCGGGAGGGGGGGGUGGUGCCGCGUCGAGGGGUGCGAAAGAUUCUUGCGCAUCACGCGCGCGGCGCGCGCGGCGCGAGGGCGUCGGCGCGCGCGUCCGCGCGCGCGUUCGAUGGCGUCGUCAACGACCCGACGGAAGCGACGCGGAGACAGCGGUGGGACGCGAUCAGAUACGGUUUUGGGUGAUCGGGAUUUCGUAUACUCGUAUACGAGUCGAAUGUCCGAGUAUUGUUUAUUUUGAGUAACGCUCGGGAGUGGAUUAUCCACCCGCGCGCGCGCGCGAAGGACGCGAGACUGACGAAUGCGUGCGAUUUCUCGCGAUGCAGAUUAAAGAUGACGCCUCCGGCGAUCGCGGUGCGACGGCAUGCGGCGGAGAUGCGAAGAGAUGGGGACGCGAAGGCGCGCGAGGGGGGGGGCGCGGCGACGCGCACGGCGGCGGCGACGGCGGCGGGCGGGUUUCCGUUCGCCAUGCCGGGCAACGCGAUGAUGAUGGCGGCGUUCGGGCCGAACGUUGAGGGAUUGCGGCGACAGGCGGCGGUGAUGAAGGGCGGGAUGACGGAUGGAGGGGUCACGGCGCCGAUGAUUUUCGCGCCGAUGCCGUUUAAUCCGUUCGCGAUGAUGCCGAUGGUGGGGAUGGGCGCGACGCCCGCCGGUGCGACGUUUCGCGGCGGUGUUGAGGACGAGAAGAAAAACUCGCCGAGUGCGAGCGAUGGGAGCCAUCGAACGACGACGCACGUCGAUGGCGAAGACGUCGAGGGCGGCGAGCGCGUGGAGGCUGGGCAAGAGGCGACGUGCUCGGGAAGAGGAUUGGCGAUGAUGAUACCGCCGCCGCCCAUGCUCACCGUGCCGACGUCUUUGAAAAAUGCUCGUCUCGAGGCGUUGUCCGUGCCCGACCGCACGCAAACGCCGGGGAUUCAAUCCCCGUUCUCCGCGGCAAACGUGCUGUGCGCCAUGAUGACGCGCGGAUCGGAUGACGAAAACGAACACCCGACGGCUCCGGCGCCUAAACCGCGCGGGCAAGGGAAACGACGAAGCGAGUACCUCGGCCCACUUUCGGUGAGAUGCCCGAAGAAGCGCCGAACGAUGAAAACCUCUAGGGCACGAUCGAAUUUGACGACGUUUGACGCGGCGCCGAGCGCGGCGCCCAAGCCCCCGUCGGCGCCCGAAGCGGCGCGCUUCGACGUUGGCGCGAUGGCGGCACCCGCGAAACCCAAGACGCAUCGCCCUUGGAGUCUACCCGAAGUUAAAGCUUUGGUUCGCGGCGUCACGCACUACGGACGUGGGCAAUGGGCGGAUAUCAAGGCCUUGCGCCUCGACGGCGUUUCCGAUGCGCUCGUCAACCGCAGCGCCGUCGAUCUCAAGGAUAAAUGGCGUAACCUCUUGCGCGUGGCCAUGCUGCCCGCUCUGUACAAGCGUCGUGAAGUGAAUGGUGUGCCAGCAGAUAUUCUCGAGCAAGUUCGCGUGUUGGCGUCGAGCAAAGGGAACGAGGGCGCGCAGCGAAGCUCCAAGGAAAAUCGCGCGCCGCGCAGUGGUACGUCGGUUGCGACGGUGAAAGCAGCGGCGACGGAUGCGGUCACCGCGGUCAAGGCAGAGCCAAUCGCCGCAUCGCCUUCGUCGAACGUCAAGGGCGUGCGUCGAAGCAAGCACCAUUCGCCGUGGACGGCGGUGGAGGCGGAGGCGCUCGUCGACGGCGUCGAACGCUGCGGCGGGUGCCGAUGGACUGUCAUUAAAAAGUCAGACGAUCCAGCCCUCGAGCGUCGUACUGCGAUGGAUUUGAAGGAUAAGUGGCGUAACCUUCUUCAACUCGCAUCGCUCCCCGCGCAGUCGCGUCGCAAGCAAGACACGCCGCCCGAGUUUCUCGAGCGUGUUCUCGAUCUCGAGGCACGUUACGGCAACGCUCGACGCAAAGGUCGGAAGUCCGUCGUUAAGACGGCGUAAACCGACCAAUUCAAGUUUCAAGAUUCUUCUCUACCACCCACACCACUAACACGAAGCCUGUAUCCUAUUUGCACCAAUUCUUUUGUACAAGUACAUGACGUUGUGAUGAACAGCUCCAUCGUUCACUUGAUAAAAAUCGC